UACCAAUCUCCAUGUGUUAUAAGAUUCAAAGGCCCAUGCCAUUCCAUCUCAAGCUGUACCUUCGUUUCUUUCUUCUCCUAGCUAGUCUCUGAUCCUUUAAACCUCCUACAAGGGGAAGGGGAAGGAUAGUUCAUGAGUUGGAUUGGAGAGGCUUUAGGUCUAGAUGGAGAGGCCAACCCACCUUCUUCUCGUCGCAUCUUCCUUCUUGGUGUUCUUCUCUUCCUUUGUGAGCCACCAAGCCAGGGAGGUUUUGGCUCAGAAUGGGAGGAUAUCGGUUGAUGUUGGUGUAAUUCUUGAUCUUGGGAGUAUGGAGGGGAAAAGGUGCCGGACCAGCAUCUCCAUGGCGAUCGAUGAUUUCUAUGCUGCCCACCAUAACUACAGAACCAGGAUAAUUCUGCACACCAGGGACUCAGACGGAGAUGUCGUUGAAGCAGCCUCUGCAGCCGUGGACCUGCUGAAGAACGUCCGAGUCCAAGCAAUCAUCGGCCCCCAGACCUCAUCGCAGACAGAAUUCGUCGCCGAUCUCGGCAACAAGACGCAGAUCCCCAUCCUCUCCUUCUCCGCCACCAGCCCUUCCCUCUCCUCCGCCCGGACCCCUUAUUUCGUACGCGCCACCUUCAACGACUCCUCGCAGGUGGGCGCCAUCGCCGCCAUCGUCGAACAAUUCGGAUGGCGGGAGGUGGUCCCCAUCUACGCGGACUCCGACUACGGCGCCGGCAUUAUCCCCGCCCUCACCGACGCCCUCCAAGACGUCGAGGCCCGCGUCCCCUACCGCAGCGUCAUCUCCCCCUCCGCCUCCGACGACCGGCUCGACGAAGAGCUCUACAAGCUCAUGACCAUGCAGACCCGCGUCUUCGUGGUCCACAUGACGCCGCGCCUCGGCUCCCGACUCUUCCAGCGGGCCCAAGAACUCGGCAUGAUGACCGACGACUACGCCUGGAUCACCACCGACGGGAUCACCGAUCUCCUGGAUCUACUCGAUCCGACGGUAAUCGAUUGGAUGCAGGGCGUGAUCGGGGUGCGACCUUACGUUCCGAGAUCCAAGGAGAUCGUCAAUUUCACGACCAGAUUUAAGGCGAGAUUCCGUCGAGAUAAUCCCACCGUCGAACCGACGGACCCCACCGUGUUCCAGUUGUGGGCUUAUGACGCCGCUUGGGCGCUGGCGCUGGCGGUGGAGAAAGUGGGCGCCUCGAGUCCCUUAUUCCAGCAGAAGCCAUCACAAAAUGGGUACAAUUCCGACUUGGCCAAGCUGGGCGAGUCCCAGACCGGGCCAAAGAUUUUAGAAGCCAUCUCCAAUACCCAAUUCCACGGCCUAGCCGGCGAAUUCCGGCUAAUCGAUGGGCAAUUGCAGUCGUCCGUGUUCGAAAUAGUGAAUGUGAACGGGAAAGGGGGGAGGGGGAUCGGAUUCUGGACUCCGGCAUCUGGGAUAUCCCGACUACGGGUAAGUUCCAAGAAUAAGACGGGAUUAAAGCCCGUUAUCUGGCCAGGGGACUCCACGACGGUGCCCAAAGGGUGGCAGGUUCCGACGAAUGGAAAGAAGCUCCAGAUUGGCGUGCCCGUGAAGCAGGGGUUCACCGAGUUCGUGAACGUGUCUCAGAAUCCAUUCACCAACGAGACGACCGUCACCGGUUAUUGCAUCGAUGUCUUCGAGGCCGUCAUGAAAGCGCUGCCGUAUGCCGUUCCCUACGAGUACGUACCCUACACUAAUGUCGAAUCCUACGACGAUUUGGUGCGACAAGUCUUCGAGAAGAGAUUUGAUGCCGUGGUGGGGGACGUGACGAUCAUAGCCAACCGGUCAUCAUACGUGGAAUUCACACUGCCGUACACCGAGUCCGGUGUGAUGAUGAUCGUGCCGGUGAAGGAGGACAGCACAAAGAACAUUUGGAUCUUCCUGAAGCCAUUGACCACUGAUCUUUGGUUCGGAAGCCUGUCUUUUUUCUUCUUCACCGGGUUCGUCGUGUGGGUGAUCGAGCACCGGAUUAACAAGCAGUUCCGGGGAACGCAGAGCCAGCAGCUUGGACUCAUCUUCUACUUCGCCUUCUCCACCCUCGUCUUCGCCCACAGAGAGAAGCUCGAGAGCAAUCUAUCGAGAUUCGCAGUGAUCGUUUGGGUGUUUGUGGUGCUCAUUCUGACAUCGAGCUACACGGCGAGCCUGACUUCGAUGCUGACCGUGCAACAGCUCCAGCCAACGGUGACUGACGUGAACGAGCUGCUAAAGAAUGGAGAACAUGUUGGGUACCAAGACGGAUCAUUCGUGUUGGGGAUGCUGAAGAAAAUGAACUUUAAAGAUGACAAGCUCAGGAACUACAGUACAGUUGACCAGUAUGCUCAGGCUUUGAGAAAUGGGAGUGCUCAUGGAGGGGUUGCAGCUAUCUUUGAUGAGAUUCCCUACCUCAAGCUUUUCCUAUCAGAACAUUGCGCAGACUACACUAUGGUGGGACGAACCUACAAGACUGAUGGGUUUGGCUUCGUUUUUCCAAGAGAUUCUCCUCUGGUGCCUGAUGUCUCGAGGGCCGUCUUGAAUGUGACAGAGGGGGAUAUAAUGACGAGGAUCGAAAAGGCAUGGUUUGGAGAUCAGUUAGCUUGCCCAAGCCAGAGCGAUAGCUUCAGCUCCGCAAGUCUCAACUUCCAGAGCUUUGGGGGCCUGUUUCUCAUCACUGGAGUCGUCUCGCUGCUUGCACUGUCGAUUUUCUUAGCCAUUUUCCUCUGUAAGUACUGGAAAGAAGCCACUACAUCUGAGAGUUCCCUCUGGAGAAAAAUAGUAGCAUUGGCCAAGUACUACGACAGCAAGGAUCUCACUUCCCCUACUUUCAAGAAGAAAGAUGGAAUCGUUCCAAACAAUGGGGAACUUAACCAAAGUGGGAAUGCUCAGGGCGCUGCAAUCAUGCCUUGUUUUGAUGGUACGCAGAGUCCCAUGAGCAUCUCUAACCAUUCUGACGUAAACUUUGUCUCAUCAGAUGAAGGAAUGUUCUCUAUAGAGCCGGCUAGUCCAUGGAUUAGAUCGCCACCGGCCGAGGCAUAUGUGGAGCUGUCUGAAAUCAGGGAAGGGAGAGAUGUCUGAAUCUAGGUUGUCUGUCCCAUUUAAUUUGAUUGUUCCAUGUUGUUCGUACAUGAGAUCAAUGCCACUUAAUUGUGAAUAGGCUGUCCAAAGAUCAGCAAUGCCACGUAAAAUUAAUACUGCCUCAAAUUCGGCAGCAUUUGGCUAUAAUGGAAUCAGCCCUCAAUAGGCUUAUGCUGUAAUGAAUUCUUUGCUUCUUUGAUAUCGAGCUUCAUGCAGCCCGAUCCAAGCCUUCGUCUCUGCUCCAUUAUCGUUGGGAGAUUUCUGUCA